AUGUCGGCCCCUCAAGACGCUGCUCCUUCCUCCUGCAAGGUGAUGCUCGCCAAGAAUGUCGCCAAUGGUCUGCUCAAGGAGGUCCAAGAGGGCCUCAAGACCCUCGAGAAGCCGCCACACCUGGUCGGCUUCCUAGCGAACAAUGACCCUGCUGCGCUGAUGUAUGCGCAGUGGACACAGAAGACAUGCGAAGAGAAUGGAUUCAAAUACUCUCUGCGCGAAGUCUCCCAAGCGGACAUUGAGGAAGCCAUUUUGUCCGCCAACAAGGACGCAUCUGUAGACGGUAUCAUCGUCUACUAUCCAAUCUUCAAUAACCGACAGGACCAAUACCUACAACAGAUCGUCGACGUUGAAAAAGAUGUCGAAGGCCUUAGCCACCGCUACAUCUUUAACAUGUACCAGAACAUUCGCUACCUGGACGGAGAAACCAAGCGCCAGAAGUCCAUCCUGCCUUGUACACCCCUUGCCAACAUUAAGAUCCUCGAGUACCUGAACAUCUACAACACAAUCCUGCCCUAUGGGAACCGUCUCUUUGGCCACACUAUUUGUGUUGUGAACCGUUCCGAGGUCGUCGGUCGCCCACUAGCAGCGCUGCUCGCCAAUGAUGGUGCCUGUGUCUAUAGCGUUGAUAUCACUGGUGUGCAGAAGUUCACUCGUGGCGAGGGACUGAAGAAGGGUCGCCACGAGGUCAUUGAUAUGGAGGGUGCUACUAUCAAAGACGUUGCACCUUUAUGUGAUGUGGUUAUCACCGGAGUACCGAGUGAGAAGUACAAGUUCGAUACUAGCUUGCUUCGUGAGGGUGCUGUCUGUGUCAACUUCUCUAGCGAAAAGAACUUCCCCCACGAAGUUAGGCAGAAGGCCUCCAUUUUCGUCCCUUCGAUUGGCAAGGUGACUAUUGUCGUCCUACUUCGAAACUUGCUGCGUCUCAUGCAGAACCGCCGAAUGGACGAUGUCAAGCCUGCCGCGGCUACUGAGCGCCCUGGCACUCUUGAGGCUGCUUCCUAA